UUGUGCUGAAGUAAAAAGUUGUCCCAUAAAGAUGACACCUAAUGUACGAACUCGCGUUCAAACUGGGAGGUUGCUGGACGAUCUCGCGAGAUUAGCCAGCUAGCAGAGGCGUUAGCUCCCCUGGUUCAUUGUAGAGUCUGAAUAUUGCCGUAAAGCGAACUGAAUCGAUACCAUUUUAAAAGGUAUAAUUAAGAAGCGAUAGAGGAGACAACGAUGUAGUCGUUUGCUGUUCGUCCUUAUUCUUAUCUGUGUGUGUUGAUUUAGUGCGUGUGUGUUUUAUUAUGUUUAGGAUUAUUUUUUGUUUUCAAUCGCCGCACCCACCGUAUUCAUUUUCAGUGUGGGCUGGCUAGCUAGCUACAAAACUCUGCUGGGAGCUUUGGCUGUGAAGCCGGGCGGCAGGUGUAACGUUAUUUGAAUAAAACAGAGCAGCCAGUUACGAGAGAGCUUAAAUUGCCACGACGCUGGAUUUAAAUAGUAUUUGCGGGUAGUGCUAAUGCUGACUAGGUCUCAGAUCCAUUCACCAGCCUGUAGCCUAGUGAUUAGUUAACCUGGUAACGUACGGCAGUCAUCAUGACAGGUGAGAAGAUACGCACCAUGCGAAAGGACCACAACAAACCGAACAAAAAUGAGGAGAUAAUGGACACGUUCGAUGAGACCUCAAAUGGAACUAUCCCUAACGGUACCAGUAACCAUUUCAAAUCCUACAAGGCUUUUCAGAAAUCAGUCAAAACCUCCGUACUGCAGCAGCAACAGCAGCUCAAUGCAAACAACAUUAACGGCAAUCCAUCAUCAAUUGGCACCAUUGUCAAUGAUAACAACAAGAACCCAAUAAUCCUGACAAGUGAGGACUUGGAGUUCCCUGUUCAUGAAUGCGUGUUCAAGGGAGAUGUGCGACGGCUCUCCUCUCUCAUCAGGACCCACAGCAUAUCUCAGAAAGAUGUACAUGGGAACACACCUCUUCACCUGGCUGUGAUGCUGGGCCACAAAGAAUGUGCCCUCCUUCUGCUGGCCCAUAAUGCACCUGUAAAGAUAAAGAACGCACAGGGAUGGAGUCCUCUAGCAGAAGCCAUCAGCUACGGCGACAGGCAAAUGAUCACAGCAAUACUACGGAAGUUAAAGCAGCAAUCCAGGGAGAGUGUGGAGGAUAAGAGGCCAAAAUUACUGAAAGCUCUCAGGGAGCUUGGUGACUUUUAUCUGGAGCUGCAUUGGGAUUUUCAGAGCUGGGUGCCUUUGUUGUCCAGGAUGCUGCCAUCUGAUGCUUGUAAAAUCUACAAGCAGGGCAUCAAUAUUAGGCUUGACACCACUCUCAUAGACUUCACUGAUAUGAAAUGUCAGCGCGGAGAUCUUAGUUUCAUUUUCAGCGGCGAAGCUACACCUUCCCAGUCCUUUGUGGUUAUGGACAAUGAAGCAAAAGUGUACCAAAGAAUACACCACGAGGAGUCAGAGAUGGAGACUGAAGAAGAGGUGGAUAUUCUGAUGAGCAGUGACGUCUACUCUGCGACUCUGUCUACCAAGUCCAUCACUUUCUCCCGUAGUCAGAUUGGCUGGCUCUUCAGAGAGGAUAAAACAGAGAGAGUUGGAAACUUCCUGGCAGAUUUCUAUGCAGUGAACGGUUUGGUGCUAGAGUCAAGAAAACGGCGAGAGCACCUCAGUGAGGAGGACAUCCUGAGAAACAAAGCCAUCAUGGAGAGCUUGAGUAAAGGAGGCAGCAUCAGCGAACAGAACUUUGAGCCUGUGAGGAGACAGUCCCUCACAGCUCCAGCCCCCAACACAAUUUCUUGGGAAGAGUACAUCAAUGCAGAGCAAGGAAAGCCACCUCAUCUUGGGAGAGAGCUUGUGUGCAAGGAAAGCAAGAAGAACUUCAAAGCUACCGUAGCCAUGAGCCAGGAUUUCCCUCUAGGCAUUGAGUCGUUACUAAACGUGCUGGAGGUCAUAGCCCCGUUCAAGCACUUCAACAAACUCCGAGAGUUUGUUCAGAUGAAACUUCCACCUGGGUUUCCAGUCAAACUCGACAUCCCCGUCUUCCCCACGAUCACAGCAACUGUCACCUUUCAAGAAUUUCGCUACGACGAAUUUGAAGAGUCGAUUUUCUUCGUCCCUGCUGAAUACAAAGAAGAUCCCAGCCGCUUCCCAGACCUCUGACCAGUAAACUCAACUGACACAAACAGGAAAUGACCAGCGAGUUAAUAUGUUUGGGAGGUGGGAAACACAUAUGAGGAAUCUAGUAUUGUUUAAUUCAUAUAUUCUCCGUUUUUUUUUUUUUUUUUUUGUUUGUUUGUUUUUUUAGGGGGGGGGGUUCAGUUGAUCAGUUGUUCAUUUUGCAGAUGGAUCCAAAGCAAAUCAAUGCAAGCAGAUGUUACGGAGCGCCAUCUCACAUACAGAUGUGUAUCGGCAGUCGUUUUUGUGAAAAUGAGUGAUAGCUUUCAUUGUACUCGCUGUUUACCUACUGAGCAGUUACAUCGGCUGCUCAGUGCUGCUGUUCUCUUCUGUCAAAGGUGUCAGAAAACUCAGCCUGGACUCUUCACCGUCACUAUUUUAAUAUCUACUACAUCUCCUCAUCUCCAAGGACUGAUUCUCGUUCUUGAAACUGCACUGACACCGUCAUCUGUAAAUAAAUCAAGCCACAUCUGAAAUUCAUAAAAAGAAUCUCAAAUAUAUAUAUAGCUAUAUCCUUAAACUGAGCUUAAUAUUCAUUUAUAGAUGAUUUACUAUAUUAUAUAUAUAUAUAUCUAUAUCUCAUAUAGUGUGUAUGUGUAUGUAUAUAUUUUA